AUGGUAGCCGAACCAAUCACCGAAUCAUCCAAACCGCCUACUCAAGGUAAACAGCCUAAACAACCUAAACCUCAAAACCCUAAACCCGAGAAAGGAGGAGGGGAGAAAGUGAAAAGUGCCAAAGAUCUCAAGAAGGAGAAAAGAGCAGCCGCAGUAGCAGCUCGAGGUGGGGAGAAUGCCGGUGCGGGGCAUGAGGGGGGAAGACCCACUUUAUCAGUGACGAAUACAGGUGCUGCUGGUGAAAGUCGACAAGCUGCUUUCGCUCCUUCCGGAUCAGCAUCAGCAUCUGCUGGAGGACCCGGUCCAAGUAAACCUCAACGACCCGCCCAUUUCAGUGAACCUUCCGGCUUAUCAUUAUCCAACAUUCAACAAAAUCUCUUUUUCUCUCAUUUACCUCAUCAAGAUUUCCCUGAUACUUCUGCUGCAUUGAUUAACGGUAAACUCCAUCCUCUAAUUGUCAGAUUGGGAGUAUUGAUGUCUAGUGGACAAUUGAGAGGCGCCAAUGCCAGGACGAUGGGUAUGAUGUCUGCUUUUAGAGAGGUUAUAAGAGAUUAUGAAUGUCCGGAUCAAGCUGUAUUAUGGAAAGAUUUACCGAUUUAUCUCAGUCCGAUGAUUGCUUGGUUGGAAGGUUGUAGACCUAAAGGUGUAGGUGGAGGGAAUGCCAUUAGAUGGUUGAAAUCUGAGAUUAACAGACUAGGAGAACAGGGAGACAGGUCAGAAGCUGAGCAAAAGGACUAUUUGGUCGAAGCUAUAGGUUUAUACCUUCGGGAUAGGAUAGAAUUUGCCGACAAGGUGAUUGCAGAUAAUGCCAAAGAGAAGAUCAGGAAUGGAGAUACCGUUGUGACAUAUGCGAGAUCAUCAGUUGUUGAAAGGGUCUUACUCGAGGCUCAUAGGGAUAUGAAAGUCUCAGAUCCCGAAGCAGGAUUCAAAGUUGUAGUAGUCGAUUCCAGACCAUUAUUAGAGGGUCGUCAAUCGCUCGAAGCCCUCUCUUCAGCCGGAAUACCCUGUACAUACAUCCUCCUUCCUCUUCUAUCCUCCAUACUCCCUCAGGCAGAUCUGGUAUUACUCGGUGGAUCAGCCUUACAUUCAGAUGGAGCACUAUACUCCAGAUCGGGAACAGCGAUCGUGUCGAUGUUAGCUAAAGAACAUCGAGUACCGGUCGUAGCAUGUGUGGAAACUUACAAAUUCGGCGAAAAAGUUGUUCUGGACGGUGUAGCUACCAACGAAUUAGGGAGUGUAGAUAAUCUAUUGAGUAUACCGAAUAAUCUAAGUUUCGGUAUAAAACCGAAUGAUCUGUCGUCUACGACGGGUGGUGUGGGUAAACAUAAUUUGACGCCAUUGCAUCUGGUAUAUGAUGUGACUCCACCUAGUUUGAUUACUGCUGUUUGUACAGAGAUCGGAUUUAUCCCUCCAAGUUCCGUUCCUACAGUGUUAGGUAAAUCAAGCAGUGUGGUGUAG